AUGUUCCCCGUACGGGUGGCCGUGGAAACGGUCCGUACGCAGAACUGCUUAACGUGUGCCAGUGACGGUCAUAUCCUCAUCGAUACUUAUGCUAUCGUUUCUGGAACAACUCUUCUGAAUCAACUUGUUGAUACAGUCCUCUCUGCUCUUGGACAUCCUCAGCUGGCUGUUAAUGCCAAAGGUCUUGUCCAAGUUAACAAUUGGAAAGCUCUUCCAUUUGAUCAGAUCACUGAUAAUCUCGAUGAUACCGUACACAGCUUAUUCAAAGAUAUUGCAAAUCAAAUAACUCUUCGGAUCCUCACCAAACAGACCAGCUCAGAUUCUGCCAGCCAGCAAUGCAUAAACGAUCUCAAGCAGCGCUUGCUUCGUACUGCUAUCAGUAAGAAUCCAAAUAUUCUGAAUACAGUCGAAAAUCAACAAAUUAAAGAUAUCAUAACACAAAUUAUUGCUGGAGAUGAUCCAACUAUGCUUAAUCAUGAUCAAAUCAAUGCUAUCAAUGAUUGGAUUGAAACAAUUGAUCUUGCUGAUGAACGAAGGAGUCCGGUAUCACAAGUUCGUUUCAACAGCUUCCAUGAAGUACCUCGCCUGGAGAAAUGGUUCAAAGCUGAUCCAAACCCAAGCCGACCAAAGCUUGUUAACUAUAUGAAUACAUUAAAUAACAGUUCAUAUCGGAAGAAUCACCCCAAAAUAGGAUAUCAACAGAUUUGCAAUUGGUUCCAAAAUCAGAGAGCAAACAAGCGUAAUGGCUUUUCUCAACAAACUCAGAUUUCACAGAUUCAAGCAUCUCUGCCAGCCAUACUCGCUGACUACAGACCGAAAAUAGAUUUUUCUAAUCUUAUCGAUAGCUGCCAGAAAUCUACGGAUGAGAACAUCUCAACAGCUGAUUGGAAGGAUAUUCUCCGUGUUGAUGGAGGAUCCGAUUCACCAAGCCCUGGCGAUGAUGAGAUUCACAGUAACAGUGAUGGAGCCAAUGAAUUUAAGCAGGAAUCAACAGCAUCAUCACCUGACCUAUCAUUACAUAUUGGAUCCAAUUCAUUAGCUGGAUCAUCACCACGUCAUGGAACUGAAAACUUUGGAAGUAUUCAGACAGCCAGCUCAACAACAGCUUCUUCAAAUACAAAUAAUAGUUUGGGAAUUGGAUCACAAUCUCGUUCACGUCUCAUGUUUGAUCCAUUGACUGAAUUACCUAUAUUGGAGAAAUGGUUUGAAGAUAAUCCACAUCCAACAUGGAUGCAGAUUGAUCAAUAUACUCAAAUGUUAAAUAAUUGCCCAUAUCGGGAGAAUUAUCCACAUAUCAGUCAACAUAAUGUUAAGAUUUGGUUCAAGAAUCGACGUGCCAAAUGUAAACGAAUGCAGUCAGGAAUGGAAAAAAUAGAAAAAGUCUUUUCAUGA